GGCACAUAUUCGUGAUUAGAUUGCGAUGUAGUAUUUUCCGUAGGUUGUGAGUUCACAAAAUAAUUUUUAUUUUGUGUUUUACGCGUAAUCAAUCGGUGAGACUACAGUUUUUACAAUAGUGCACAGUGUUUUAAAUUGCGACCGCUAUUUGUCUUUAGUGAAAAAACCGUAAUGAAUAACACGCAAUAAAUGGAGGCGAAUUCCUCAAACCAGCUUCCGUAGUUCCGUGACGAAAAAAAGAAUACUUGGCGGUGUUGCAGUUUAUUUAACAAUUUUUGCGUUUUUGCUAUCACCGACAAAGAAAGAAAACUGGUAAUCCGUAAGGUUUUUUUUUAAUCUCAGCUUCCGCGACAGAAAAAGGUAGUGCAGUAACUCAGAGCAUUUUCAUCGUCAAUCAGUCAAGAAGUUGGCUUUUCUAUUUUCGAAAAAUUAAGUUCACAUACUGAUUGCGCGCUCUCACACAUUGCUUUUUGCUCUUUCAGCUCAGUUCGGCCUUUGAUCUGAUACUGCGUUACGUUGAGUGUGUGUUUUGCUUUCUAGCACGGGGGAAAAACACUUGAACCAUCUUCGGCUAUUUUCUUUCGCGUAAUUUCUGAUCUCAAGAGUCACUUAGUCUGCUGGCCUCGAUAGUACGACUUGGCUAAAGCUUGUAGAAUCCGCUGCUUGAUUGUGCAUAGUAAACAAAGGCGGUUUCCUUGUUUUCGGAUCAGCUACAGCUGCACAGUUCAGUUUCGCGGUUGCUCUCUCGAAAGACAGGGAUUUUCCAAAGCAACAAUAACAGUCUAUGUGAAACCCCUUCCGGCAAGGUGGUGUGUUAUGGAAGACGAGCUGGAAGAUAAGAUUCUCUAUCAGACGUUCUUCAAAUCGCACAUGAAGCUGCUCUCCAAGUUCGCAGUCGGCGUUUCGCCGUUCAACAGUUCGGUCGGCUACGUCUGGAAGGUGAUGCGAGUGUAUCUGCUCAAGCCGGAAGUGCUGAUUGCCGGUCUGUUGAUUUUCGUAUUCGUACUCUACCUUCAAGCGAGUGAGGUAUGGAGCCGAGGCUUUAUCGGGCGGAUCAGCAGCAGUUUUGGGCUGACCAAGGGUACCCGGGCCGGCAAGCUUGCCCUGCUCACGUCUGCAGCCGAAAAGCACAGCUGGGAGGAGAAAGGUGGUAACAGUGCCGUGUACGCUGUCCAAGGUCGGCGACCGCGCAUGGAGGAUAGAUUCGUAAUCGACGAAAAUUUGAAUGACACCGGCAUAUCACUGUACGCUAUAUUCGACGGACACGGUGGAGAAUUCGCGGCUGAAUACGCUAAAGCUGUUCUGGUGAAAAAUCUCAACCUUAAGUUGACCCAAUCGUGCACGGUCGCUGCGGGCAAGCCCGCGCCGCCGGUUGCACCGGACAACAUAGAUCUUAAGGCUAGCGAUUGUACCGACGACGAUACUGACGGUGAAAUAAACGAACGGCAUAAGUUGAAUUCCGGACCUGCAGUCGCCGCAACGGCUGCACCCGGUAGCCCUGCUGGCUCCUCACUGACGCAACGGAGACAGAGCUUUCGAAAAUCCAAGACUGAAGAUGUUAUUGACAAAUCCAGUGCUAGCAACAGUAACGCUAAUGGGAAUAAUAAUAAUAAUCCAAAUAGUGCAAAUCAAAAACUAGAGACGGAUCUACUGAAUAAGUAUAUGGGCAAUGCGUCCCCGGCUAGGCAAAUUACUAAGGAAAGUUUACUCAAUGGAACCAGUGGACAGCAGACCAACCAAAAACCCAAAACGUAUGAUGCCAAAUGCUACGUCUCGAAUGGAAGUAUUAAUUACGGAAAAAUAAUUACCGAUGAGGUGCUGGCCGCAGACUACGAUCUGGUAGAGAUGGCGAAACGAGUGUCUAACUUUGCCGGCACGACAGCGCUAAUAGCCGUAAUGCAUAACACCAAGCUGAUCGUCGCGAACGUCGGCGAUUCUCGGGGAGUGAUGUGUGAUUUAAAAGGAAAUGCUAUUCCGCUGUCUUUCGAUCAUAAACCCCAGCAAGUGAGGGAGCAGAAACGAAUUGCUGACGCCGGAGGAUUCAUCUCAUUCAAAGGUGUUUGGAGAGUUGCCGGCAUUUUAGCUACAUCACGAGCGCUUGGUGAUUUUCCUCUGAAGGAAAAGAAUCUAGUUAUAGCUGAACCGGAUAUACUGUCGUUCGAUUUGGUUUAUCAUCGACCAAUGUUUCUUAUUCUGGCGAGCGAUGGCUUGUGGGACACCUUCAGCAAUGAAGAAGCGGUUGCCUUCAUUCGGGAACGACUGGAUGAACCGCACUUUGGCGCUAAAAGCAUCACACUGCAGUCCUAUAACCGUGGUUCUGUGGACAACAUAACAGUGCUCGUAAUUGUAUUUAAAAAUGGACGAUAUGAAAUUGGUUCCUCAAAUGGGAACUAAAACGUUCGAAGCAAUCGAAACAAUUUAGAGAAAUCGAACAAAAAAUGACUAUCAAUAGUCGCAUGUCACGUCACUUAUCAAAGGUAAGAAAAGAAUGCGAAAAUUGUAUGUUAUAUUUUACUAAUGCUUUUAGCUGCAUGAAACUUUCAAAAGAAACAAGUAUAGAUUUCGUAGAUAACCAAAAUAUUUUAAAGUUAAAUUUUUAAUCAAAAUAAGUGUCUUAUGUACUAUUCCGUUUGACUCAAAGAGAAUAUAAUGUAAAAUUUAAAAAAAUAGUGACUGUUUUUCCUUUCUUUCAAUAGUUUGUUGGUAAUUUUGAGGCUAUUGAAAUUUAAAAAUCAUUUUUGUUAGUGGAUCUGUUCUAUGAUUUUACGAGUCUGACAUGCGACUAUUACUAUCAGGUGGUCAAUUAUAACCAGAAAAAAAACAACAAAUUCGUAAAAUAGAUUUCAGUUAGCUUUUGAGAACCACCUAAAUUUUAGCGAGUAAAUUUCUAACACUAGAAAUAGAGUUUUCUUGACAACGUGUGCUGUGCUUUAGAGGACUUGUACGAUCUCCCAAUGCCGCCGCCCCCUCCGGAUCGGGAUGACAGUGAUCAAAAUGAUGACAAGCUGUUUGAAACGAUAGUUUGCCAAUGGCUUUUAUUGUGUUUUUGUUUCGCUCAUAGUUAUUAAGCGCUAAGUUUUAGCUAGUUUUAUAUCGAUUACAAUUGUAAGACAUUUUUAGGAAGUUUUAAUUUUAAAUACCAACCUAUCGAUAAGAGUGAGUCUCAGCCCAAUGAUACACGUGAUGCUCUAGAUAAAGUAUGUUUUUGUUUUUUUUUAUCCUUUAAUUGUGAGUUUGAGCUGUAAAUUGUAAACUUUAUUGGUACUUACCUAAAUCGUUGAUCGAACGAGUUGUAAAAAUCUCUGUUUUUCUCUGAAAUCCUUAUAAACUUCUAACGUUGUGAUUUCGGAUUGUGCCUAAGUGAAACGAACCAACAAGAGGGAAACAAUAUUGACGACUGAGGUGCCAAAUGCGUGCUAGGUGAAUCAACUGAAAACGGCCGACUCGCAUGAAAGUAAAAGAUGAAGAUUUCGAGAUAAUAUUUUUCAAAUUACCUACUAUUCCGAGAAAAAACAUCAAAUACGAAUACAGGUAGCUAUUUUCGGAUCACAGCUUUAUGUAGAAUUUUCAAAAAAUAAUCGCAAAAUGCACCAAAAUAAUUAUUACCACUUGAAAUUGAGCACGAUGUAACAAACUACUUAGUUUACCAGUUUAAAAUACCGAAACAUGUUUUUGUAACAGAAACUCACGUUAGAAAAAUUACAUAU